AUGGCGAUCAAGGACAGGCCCGGUCAACCGAAGAGGGACAUGAAACCGCACCCGCUGUUGACCAAGCUCAUGCGCGAGCGUCUGCGCGAGCACAGCGCUCACCUCGAGCAGCAGCACGCGGAGUUCGGGCCGGAGACGAGCGACGCCUCCCUCGGCGCCGCGGAUCGCACCGUCGAUUCCGACGCCGUCUCCACCCCGGGGUCGCACUUCGCGAGGGACAAGUCCCCGUCGCAGCGCCGCGUCAGCGCCGUGCUCAAGGUGGAGAAGGACAAGAGCGGCGCCACGACCACCGCGGAGUCCUCCGCCCCGGGCAGCAGCCGAAGCAGGUCCCCGGGCAGCGGCGGCAGGCCGAACGUCCCGAGGACCGAUCGACCCACGAGCUCGUUUGCGUCGUCGGGGCGAAAAUCCCCGUCGCACCGAUCCGCGAAACUGGGAUCCGCCAAGAAGUCCGGGUCCAUACCCGCGUUCCUGUCCUUCUCGUUCGGGUGGGGGGGCAAGAACAAGGAGGACUCGCCGGAGAUGCCCAAGAAACGCGCGCCGAAGCUGUCGGAGAAGGAGGCUGACGCGCUCUACACCCGACUGUACAACGAGAAGAAGCUCACACCGGAACGGGACCCCGAGGAGACUUUCAAGCCGAAGAUCUCCAAGAAGUCCCUCGCCAUCGGCGCGAGGGUCCACGCCAGGGAGAGCGGGCGCAUGGACCGCGUGGAGUACCUCGUGAAGAAGGGGACGACGGAACUUCGCGAUCGCAAGCACGAGAACGGUUUGCACAUGGACCCCGAUCGAUCGGCUGGGGACGUUCGCACCGUCCCGCCCAACGAGUGGUUCAUGGACUCGUUCGGGCGGCUGUCCAAGACUGGCGACAGGUACGUCAGGUCGAUUCGCAAGGCGGAGGACGAUAAGAUCGCGGAGGGGUGCACGUUCAAGCCGACGCUCUCGAAAGCCACGCAGGAGCUCGUCAAGAACACCCCGUACUUGCAGCACACCAACUUUUACGAUCGCGGGCUGGAGUGGGCGGAGCGGAAGAAGCGCGCGAUCGCCGCGCAGGCCAAGGCGAGGGAGGACGAGGAGGAGCGCGAGUGCACGUUCCGGCCGCGAACCGCGGGCGACGCCCCCGCGUUCGUUCGACGAAUCGCGGCGAAGAAGCGAGCGGAGAAGAUGGCGCUCGCGGGUGUCGACGCCGACAAUGAGGUCGACCUCCUCGACGGCGUCGGCGGCGCCAUCGCCUCCGCCACGUCGCGCUCCAAGGGGUGGCUGCCCCCGACGCAGCGGCCGAAGAAGUGGGAGGAGACGCUCGGCGUCGGGUACGAUCCGAACGAGCCGACGGGGGCGGUGACUGGUCGGGCGAUGAUGCUCGGAGGCGCGACCCCGGGGGGCGCGUGGGAGACUCCGGGCGGCGACGGCGGCGCCGUCGUCGAGGUUGGCGCCGAGGUUCGCGUGGUGAACGGGAUCGUGCUUCCCCACGCCCCCGCGGACCACCCCGGAGCUCGGUCCACUCGCAAGAGCGGGCACGUUCCGCUGCACUCGGCGGCUUCGCACUAUCGACGCAGGGACGAGGGAGUCAACGAGGUGGACAAGCUGGAGGACGAGAAGCUUCAGAGCCCAGAUAUCGUCGACGACGUCGGCGGGGUGUCGCCCGACUACUUCGAGAAGCUGCACCUCGAGCGCGUGCAGAAGGCGCGCAUCCAGGAGCAGGAGAAGAUCGCCCGGCUCUACAGGCACGACGGAAAGAAUUGGGAGAAUAGAGUCACCAAGCCCAAGCCGUUUAGCUUCAACAAACGCGGCGAAGGCGACAGGUUCAAGGCGCUUCGCAGGCCGGUGAGCGCCAGGUUGCCCGGCAGCUCGCUCACCGCCAGCGUGAGCUCGCUCAAAAACGCGGUGUACAGGGACGCGGACGAGGACCCGCCGGGAUUCGAGGCGUAUUACGACGCCGUCGGCGCGCGGCGAGGUCCGCCGGGGUGGAGCAAAGGCCCGACCGGGACCGGGACCGGCGCGGCGACGAGCGGCGACGAGGACGAGUCCCAGGAGGAGUUCUUCGACGCGCCCGCGGGGAUGGAAGGGGGACGGGGUCGGAUGCGGGAGAGGCACAACGACGCGGGGUGGGGAUCGUACGAUUACUGA